ACUCCUCACAAAACCAAGAACUCACCGUAUACAGAAGCAAGAGAUCAUAACCACAAAUAAGCAUGAAAGGGGUUCUUAAUUACCUUGUUAUAGCUUUGGCACUCAUGGCUUUGGCAUGCUCCGUUGCCUCUGCCUUUGAUCCUGCUCCUCUGCAAGACUUUUGUGUUGCUGUUAACACUUCCACUGAUGCUGUAUUUGUGAAUGGAAAGUUCUGCAAGGACCCAAAGCUUGCCAAUGCCAACGAUUUCUUCUUUCAGGGCCUAAACAUUCCUAGAAGCACUGCAAAUCAACUCGGGUCGAACGUCACGCUUUUGAAUGUGGACCAAAUAAUAGGCCUUAAUACAUUAGGAGUAUCCUUGGCUCGGAUUGACUUUGCACCAUAUGGCCUAAAUCCUCCCCACAUUCACCCUCAUGCCACUGAGAUUUUUACGGUCGUAAAGGGUACCCUCUAUGUUGGCUUUGUCACUUCCAACCCAGAUAACCACCUCUUCACGAAGGUUUUAAAUGCGGGAGACGUCUUUGUGUUCCCAAUUGGUCUCAUUCACUUCCAGUUCAAUGCAGGAAGUACCGAUGCCCUUGCCUUUUCGAGUCUCGGCAGCCAGAAUCCGGGGCGCAUUACUAUUGCUGACACAGUAUUUGGAUCUAAUCCUCUCAUCAAUCCUGACGUUCUGACCAAAGCCUUCCAGUUGGACAAGAAUGUGGUUAACUAUCUUCAGAAACAGUUUUCUUCAAAAAACACUUAGAUAAACAUAUGUAAUAGCCAUGCACCAUGAACCAUUAGACGGUUCAUAUUAAGUUUGCCAUAUUUUACUAGCCGUAACAUAAUGUUAGUAAUAAUAAUGAAAUGAAGUGACUUCUUAUGUCCA